UGAUGAACAACCUUCAGGUACGGAUGUUUUUUUAAAUUAGACUUUAAAAUGAAUCGAUAAAAAAAAUUAUAGGUUUGAGUUUUCCGAACCUACAUGGACACUACUUUGAGAAAUAUUUUCAAGUGAAUACUAUUUUAGUAAUUUCUUUAUUUUUGAACACUAAUUCGGCAAAUCGUUCUUGAGAAAGAAGAAAAGAUAUUCAUUUUUUUUUUUUUUGAACGGGAAGAAAAGAUGAUCAUGGAAAACAAUUUAAUCACAAUUUUUUUCUUGAAAGAUUUUAAAACACGAUUUAAUGAUGAUUAAAAUGUGACAAAAGUAAUGGACUAAGUCAAUAUUUUCAUAAAUCUCAACAAUAAAGAUUGCUUCAUAUCAUUCCUCAAACAAGAUAAGAAAACAAGCUACAUUUAGAAAUAAAAAAGGAAAGAAAAAAAAAAAAGACAAGUUGGACCGAACUAGUAGUACUAGGUUAAACUAUUCCUAAAAUUUAAUCUGUCAACGGUUAAACUUCAAAAAUAACCGUGUAGCAAAAAACCGUGAUAACUUUAACUAAGUCAUUUUAUCUCCAUCUACUUCGGUUAUAUAAAGACUGUUUCAUAUCACACAAAAAAUAAAAAAUAAAUAAACAACAACAAAAAAAAGCAAACAUAUUAUCAUUGAUUUUGUUUCCAGAAACUCUGUUCCUUGUAUUUUUAAACUUUUGUAAGGCCUCAAAAAUUCUGUUCAAUAUCAGAGUUCGUGGAAGAGGGGGUUUGGUGAAAUGACCCUUAAGGGUGGCACCAACCAAGCAUGCGCUGCGUGCAAAUACCAGCGGCGGAAGUGUGCACCGACGUGUGUUCUUGCCCCCUACUUCCCUGCUGAUCAACAUAAGAUGUUUCUGAAUGUUCACAAACUCUUCGGAGUUAUGAAAAUUCAGAAACUACUACAUGUGCUACCCCCAAGCACACAUGGUGAAGCAAUGGCAUCCAUCAUUCACCACGCAGAUAUACGGGAUCGUUAUCCGGUGCAUGGAUGUCUUGGGGUGAUUCAUGCUUUGCUAAAUCAAAUUUGGCAGUGUCAGGCAGAGCUUUUUGAUGUUCAGUCCAUGCUAAAGGUAUUCCGCCAGCAACAUGAACAGCAGCAACAGGUGCCAUCAGAUGGUGUUCCGAAGGAAGACUUUAAUGGGGCGUCACAAUUACAAAUGGAGAUGGCGAAUAUGGUGCCAGUUUCCCAGAGUCACUCGUACUCCAGCAGUAGUAGUCCCUGUAAUCCUACUUAUCUUGACGUCAAAGUUACUUCGGUGAACUCCUUGUGGAACCAACAAGGAGAAGGUAAUGAUAGUAACAACAGUGAGAAUGAGAAAAUAAUGCCUGCACAGUCAAAGAUGGUGGUCACUCCAGAACCACUGGCUGUUCAGAAGGAAUCCUUUCAAAAUUACGACAUGCAUCCGUAUUUUGACACCAUUGAUGACAGACAAUCAUAUGUUGAUACUAAGGAUGCAUAUGAAUCAAGGUAA